AUGGCACAACCAGUAAUUAUACCACCGGAGAGCCAAGCUUCAUGGAAGGACUUCAACAUGAAAAACAAACUUCAGUACACAGGCGAAGAAGACAGGAGACUGAUUAGCUUAGUACAUCAAUUUGGAUUGAGGAAAUGGGCUGUAAUAGAUGAAGAAAUGGUUGGUGGAGUGGGAAAACAAUGUCGCGAGAAAUGGAAUAAUCAUCUACAUCCUCGUAUCAAGAAGGACAUUUGGACUGAAGAUGAAGAGAGACAGUCAAUUCAAGCACAUGAAAGACUUGGAAAUCGAUGGGCGGAGAUAGCUAAGUAUUUCAGUAAUAGUUCCACCUCCACUAACUCAAAUUUCGGUACCACCACCACUGCAGCAAAUCCGUCUAACGUCGGCACACGACUCUUUGACAAUGAAGACUCUACACCCUUUUUCAGUUUCGAAUCAUGCAAUGAUGAAAUGGGUUUCAUGAAAACCCUGUUUGAAAACAAUCAGUCCAUCGAUUCAAUUCCAGUCGAUCAUUGUCAACUAAUGAAUCUAGUUGAAGGGACAUUUGAGAAUACUUAUAGCUUCAACAUUGAUGAAAAUUAUAAUCAUCCCACCAUCUUCUUCACUUCCCGGGAGAAUUUACGGACAACUGAUUCUCAACUGCCUGCUAUAGAAUAUGUGGAAAAUGACUUAUUCCAUUCUAUUCCAAAUCCUAUGGGAAAUAAAUUUUUCCCUUCUGAGAAUUCAGAUUUAAUCAUUGAAUUUAAUUCUAACUUUCGAAGUGUGGAGACUGAAGCUUCACAGAUUUAUCCUGAUGAGUUGUACUUUUCAUAUCAAUGGGAUGGAUGCAAUGCUGGAAACAUAACAUCGACAACAAAUCUACCAACAAUUGAUCAAGGUACAACCUUUAGAUGUACAAUGGACACGGAUUUGAUGGAUAUGGUCUCAUCUUCUCAGUUGCCUCCUCAACUAAGUCCAUACAAUGGCUUCUUCUAA